CUGUGGGCAUCCCGAAUCAAACUAGCUGCAAACAAGGAGUGUAUCAUUCAAGGCAGCACUACAAACAGAGAUAAAACCUCCUGUUACCUUUUUCACCCUUGUCGAAGUGUGCAAAAGAUACAGCUGCUCACUCCUACAGGAGCACUUCUGCCACGCAAGACCUCAUAUGCAGGACUGAGAGGAAAACCUCGUGCUACAAAAGGCAGCAGCAAGAGGUACUGGCUGGGAAGCAGUGCAGCUCUCACAGGAUGAAGAUCCUUAUUGGAAGCCUUCGUUUCUACUUCAUUUGUUUCUCAUUCAGUAGAGCAAAUGGCUUCAUAACUCGGAGAACAUCUACAGUCCAUGCCCCUCUGUUUUACGACUACUCCUAUUUAAACCUCUCUUCAGUAACGGAAGCACAAGCUCCAAAAACAGCAAGAGCUCUCAAUUUCUCUCAUAACAUAAUUAGAAAAAUAAACAAGAGAGAUUUGGAAGGUUUUGACUCCCUGGAAGUAUUAGACCUUUCCUACAAUCUGAUUAAGGAUGUUGAACCUGGUGUGUUUGAGAGUCUCCUCAGCCUCGUUUCUGUGAAUUUGUCAUUUAAUGAUAAGACACUUCUUGUAUCAAGUCUUCCACCUCACCUGGAGCCCUUACCCACAAGCAAAACCUCAGGGUCUUCAGAGCUCUAUGAGUAUUUUGACAAAGCCUCAGAGGCUGCUCUGGCGCCCUCUGCACCCACCGAGAAGCUGCUGCAUUUGAGAGGUCCAUCUAUCUUGCAAAGUGGUAAUCCGAGGCUCAGGCGAAGCACAGAGAAUCUUCUCCGAAGAGGAGAGAAAAAUGUAACAGUCUCUCCUCCCAUGACCACACCAAGGCCUGAUUCCUGCGCAGUACCAAUAAAUGGGAUACUCAAUCUGUCCCACAGCAAACUGUCUGAGGAUGAGCUGAUGGUGAAAUUGGAUGAGGACCUUUGCCAAGCUCAGCUGGACAGUAUUUUGGAACUUGAUAUUAGUCACAGUGGCCUGGAAAUGGAUCUUCUGUCACUGUCCGUCCUGCUUUUUCACAUGAAAAACGUGCUGUCUGUUGAUGCCAGUUACAACAAUAUAACAAUUAACAUUCUAGAUGUUGAGAAGAUCUGCCAGUUCCCCUUCAGCAAGCUUCUGGUUUUAAAUAUUAGCAACAAUCCCAUAAACAGCUUGGAUACACUCUGUCUCCCAACAACCAUCAAGGUCAUUGAUUUGUCCUUCACCAACAUAAGUCAAAUACCAAAAAAUUUUGCUAAAAAAAUGAUUAACUUAGAACACAUGUACAUUCAGGGAAAUCACUUCAUAUAUACCGCAUAUCCAACAAUUGCUGGCGCAGUUCCAACGUACCCCCCUGGAACUGUACAUAUUAAUGCCAUUUCCUUUGUCAGGAACGAGAUGGGUACACCCAUUAAAAGCCUCCCAAAGAAAGUGAAUCACCUUAAAAUGUCUAACUGCUCCAUUGUAGAAUUGCCAGAGUGGUUUGCUGACACAAUGGAAGAAUUAUUAUUUCUGGAUCUCAGCAACAACCGGAUUUCUGUGCUUCCUGACUUACCUACCUCCUUGCAGCACCUCGACAUAAGUAACAGUGAUAUUAAAGUAAUUCCCCCCAGAUUUAAAUCUGUCUCCAACUUAACAGUAUUUAAUAUUCAGAAUAAUAAAAUUACAGAUAUGCAUCCCGAGAACUUCCCAUUGACUUUAACAAAAUGUGAUAUCAGUAAAAAUAGGUUGAACCUGUUGUCAUUAACCAACGCUCUGGAGAAACUCGAGUAUCUGAAUGUUUCCGGAAACCUGAUCACCAGACUGGAACCCACCAGCCAACUCUCUGCACUCACUAACCUGGACAGCAGUCACAACCUCAUUUCAGAACUCCCUGACUACUUUGGGAAAUCUCUUCCAGUGCUGAAAUACUUUAAUUUAUCAGGAAAUAAGAUCUCCUUCCUGCAGCGUGGCUCCCUCCCAGCCUCUCUGAUUGAGUUAGACAUCAGCGACAAUGCUAUUACCACCAUAGUGGAGGACACUUUUGGCCAGUUAAUGAGUCUGAGCAUUUUGAACGUUCAAGGUAAACAUUUCUUUUGUAACUGCGACUUGUACUGGUUUGUGAAUGUAUAUAUGCACAACCCCCAUUUGCAGAUAAAUGGCAGAGGGCAUCUCAGGUGCAGCUUCCCACAAGACAGAAGGGGCUGGCUGGUGGAGAGCAGCAACCUCACGCUGCUACAGUGCUCCCUGGGCAUCCAGAUGGCCAUUACAGCCUGUGUUGCCAUCCUGAUCGUCUUGGUGUUAACAGGCUUGUGCUGGAAGUUUGAUGGGCUGUGGUACGUGCGGAUGGGUUGGUACUGGUGUAUGGCCAAGAGGAAGCAAUAUGAGAAGAGGCCAGAAAACAAGCCCUUCGAUGCCUUCAUUUCAUACAGUGAACAAGAUGCAAACUGGACAAAAGAUAAUCUGUUGGCAAAACUGGAAAACGAUGGAUUCAAGAUAUGUUAUCAUGAGAGGGAUUUCAAACCAGGGCAUCCCAUACUUGGUAACAUUUUCUACUGCAUAGAGAACAGCCAUAAAGUCCUUUUUGUUCUCUCUCCCAGUUUUGUAAACAGCUGCUGGUGUCAGUAUGAACUGUAUUUUGCUGAACAUCGGGUUCUGAAUGAAAACCAAGACUCCCUCAUCAUGAUUGUGCUGGAAGACCUCCCGCCUGACAGUGUGCCACAGAAGUUCAGCAAGCUCAGGAAACUAUUGAAAAGGAAAACCUACUUAAAGUGGAGCCCUGAGGAACACAAACAGAAAAUGUUCUGGCAUCAGCUGGCAGCUGUCUUAAGAACAACAAAUGAACCCCUUGUGAAAGCAGAAAAUGGAGGCACUGAGGAGAGGUACGAGAUGGAAUGACACACAAGAACGUGUCAAAAUUGUGCCUGGAAAGUCUGUGGUCAAAUAAAAGCAUGUUGAUGUUUACCUGCAAAGGCUGCUAUGCUGCAACAGGGGCUGUCUGGGAUCAGUUACUAAUGGGUUUGUAGCACGCACGUUAUUCCGUAUGAUAAAACUCGAGACCCGAGUGCUGAUGACACCCUUUUCUUCCCACGUGCUUGAUUUUCUUCAGAUACUUCUAGCAUUUCUUGAAAUGCUGCAGAUGUCACCUGAAAGGAAGAAGAACUUGAGUCACACUGCAUGUCCUAACUUUUUUUGAGGUUACUGCAGGAAAAAGUGGUGUCACUGAAAAAUAAAGCUGAAGCCCAGAUUCUCUGUUCUACUACAGCCUGGGAUGGGAACACACACCUUACACAUAAAAAAACCACAAGCCAUAACAGUACAUGGGUAACAGCUUCCUUCUGUGGUUUAGCAAGAAAAGAUAAAAAGAUUUACUUAACGCAGCCAUGUGAGAGAUGCAAUUACAAAU